UGCACUGUUCAGCGGACAACUCGAGGGAUGUGACUCGAUCGUGUAAGACUUUUGUUCUCGUCGAUAGAAGGCGGUGUUUUCUUUGUGUUCUAUCUGUUUAAAAAAAAAACACUUCGAAUUAACUAAACUGGAAGUCAACAUGGUCACUGUUGACAAACCAACCGCAUUUUGAGGAAACGCGUCGCCAAAGUAAAGCGGAAGUAAGACAUUCGGCACGUCAACACCGCAGCCAUCUUUCCCCGGGCAAAGCGGACCGUGUAAACGUUCAAGAAAACAGGCGCGAGGAUUUCUGUGGAUGUCAAUGUCUAGCCCCGUGCGGAAUUCAUACAAAACCAUGCAAUAGAAACACCGAAAACAGCAUUUACGAGCCGAAACCAAAGAUGCCCGACUCAUGUGCAGCGUGGGGAUGCACAAACCGACGCACUGUGCAAAGUAAAUGUCAAGGAAUUACCUUUCACAGGUUUCCCAAAAAGAAGGACUUGAGGAGGCAGUGGGAAGUGGCAGCAAGGAGGAGAGGCUUCUCCGCCACCAAGUCCUCUGUCCUUUGCAGCGAACACUUCAAACCGGAGGACAUCGAUGCCACGGGCCAGACUGUCAGGAUUAGGGAGGGAGCGAAACCGUCUGUUUUCAGCUUUCAGUCUCCUCUCCAAAAACCAGUGUUUACCAGAACAACACAAACCUCCAAAAAGGCUCAAGAGUCAUUGGCAUCUGUGACUUCAGGAAAUGUACGGCCGACUGAACCACCGCCAUCACUCCCUCCUCCUGAUGUUGACCACUGCUACGCGCUGCCUGCGUCUCCAGCGGGUCUAAAGGCCCGACUGAUGGACGCUUUAGCGAGGGUGGAGAGUCUGGAGCGCGAGCUUCGGAACAUGAAGGACAGAGAGCGCCGAGCCAAGAACACCGUCUUCGGACUUUUGGAGGAUCUGAGGGAUAAGAACCUCAUCAAUGAAGAGCUCAAAGAGAAGCUGGAUUUAUACUCGGACCUUCCAGUCCACCUGCUGUCCAAACAGGGCAACGACUACACAAAAGACCAGCGGGAGUUUGCCCUCACUCUCCACUUACACGGUCCGAAAGCAUAUAACUACCUGAGAAAGUCUCUCCACCUCCAACUGCCCCAUCCACACACACUACAAAGGUGGAUGAGCUCCAUUGAUGAAAAGCAUGGCCUUGAGUCAACGUCGGUAAAAAUGACAAAAGAAGAAGAAGAGGAGGAUGAAAGUGAGACCCUCACUGAGGCAGAGACAGACAUUCAGCAAAAUCCUCUCACACAAAGCAUAAUAGUGUGUCUAAAAGAUGUCGACGCGGAGCCCCUGGCAGAAGAUAACAUGGGAGUAUCUUAAACCUGUUCUGCAGUAUAUAUAUAUUUUUUUAAUACACAAAUUCUGAAAUGCACAAAGACUGUUCAUAGGUUUGCAAACAUUUUCUUGUUGGAUGUUUUUUUUUUUUGUAUCACAGAAUUAAAGUGAAGCUCAG